GUGAUUCAAGUGUGAGAGGCGGAUUUGAAGGAAACGCUAUUAUAACCGAGAAAAUAUUAAAUGCAAAGUUUGAGUUGAUUGCGUGGACAAAUUUAAUUUUUCACCCCAAUUAGACUGGCUUAUUGAUGCAACUCUACAAAGGUGUGUAGGUGCUUAUGUGCGUUAUGUAUGCCAGGGUAAAAUCGAUUUACAACUGUCAGAAUUUUUCUGUUUAUCGAUUUUGUGAUAAGAGAAUUUUGGAAAAGUUUUCUUCUUGAAUGAACAGAAUCACCAUCCUAGCUCCGUUUUCCUAAUUAGUUUUAACAUUGAAGUUGUGUUCGGACGUGAAAAAGUGCACUGGAUUUAAAAAAUGAAUUUAGACUUCGAGAAAUUGUGCGGCAAGCACGCAGGCAUUUAUGAAGCAUAUUACAAACAGAUUGACCCUAAAGGUGCUGGUGCUAUUGAAGCGAUGACGGCAGCAAAAUUUUUGAAAAAAUCUGGACUCAGUGAUGUAGUACUGAGCCGGGUUUGGGAUUUGUCAGAUCCUAACGGCAAAGGAUUUCUUGAUAAACCUGGAUUUUUUGUUGCUUUGAAACUAGUAUCACUGGCUCAAGCAGGUCAAGUAAUAAAUAUGAGCAACAUUUAUACAGAAACACCGAAUCCACCGAAAGUGGGGGACAUCCCAAAAAUAAUACCACCUCGCACACAAAUAGCACCAGGUGCAGGUGGUCCCGCUCAAAACACCGAUUGGUCCAUUAGUGUUAUAGAUCGUUUGAAAUAUGAGCAAUUAUUUGAGAGCUUGAAACCUGUUAAUGGGAUGUUAGGUGGUAUCAAAGUGAAAAAUGUGCUCUUAGAGUCAAAGCUGCCUACGGAUGUUUUGGGAAGGAUUUGGGAUUUAGCCGAUCAAGAUAAAGACGGAAACUUGGAUAAGCACGAAUUUAUUGUAGCCAUGCAUCUAGUCUAUCAAACGUUGCAGAAACGUGCUGUGCCGGAUGUGCUACCAGCAGAGUUACGUAAGCAGGGUUCUGGUGGUGGUCCUCCACCGAAACCAGGUCCUCCAGCUAUAGUAAGUAAUACUGCAACGAUGCCGCGUGCACCGAGUGGUGAAGGUUUUGGCGACGGUGGUUUCGUAGCAAACUUUCCUAAAGACAUAGCACCACCACCAGCUUUACCACCGCUGCCCGUUGCGAUACCAACAAUGACACGUGUUCCACCUGUCGGUGCAAGUGGUGUGCAAUCCCAGCCACUUAUAUCAACAGAUCCGCUUAUACCUAUUGGCGCACCACCUUCCGUAACAGCAAAUGCUGACUGGGUUGUUAGCCCAGCUGAGCUGAAACGCUUUGAAAUAACAUUCCGAGAAUCAGACCGGGAUAGAGAUGGACUUGUGUCGGGACUUGAGGUGAAGAACGUAUUCAUACAGUCGGGCGUCCCACAAAACUGUUUAGCGCACAUUUGGGCGCUAUGCGACACAAAUCAAUCUGGCAAAUUAACACUGGAGCAGUUUGCUUUGGCAAUGUGGAUGGUGGAACGUAAACAAAAAGGCAUUGAACCACCACAAGUACUCACAGCCAACAUGGUACCACCGUCUAUGCGUAGUACUGUAUCUGGCGUAGAUUUACAACCACAAGAACCCAAACCGACAUAUUCUAAUCCGGAGUUGGAAAUGAUAUCUAAAGAAAUUGAAGAGCUUGCGAAGGAGCGUCGUGCUUUGGAAACAGAAAUCGCUCAGAAAGAAGCCGAUAUUCGCAUAAAAUCUGGAGAAGUUCGUAGUUUACAGAGUGAAUUAGAUACAUUAUCUGCCACCCUUAAGCAGCUAGAAAAUCAACGCGGCGAAGCACAGAAACGCUUAGAUGAUUUGCAGGCACAGAUAGCAGAUUUCCCGAGGAUUAUGUUUAGUGUGAAAGUAGAUAUAGAACAGGUUGGAUAUCAGGUUAGAAAAAUACGGGAGCAAUGUCAGAAACAGGAAGAAACUAUAAAUGAACAAGAAGGUGAACUAAAUACCAAGCGAUCAGAGUUGCAAAAGCUUAAAGAUGAAGAAGCAGCAUUGCAAAAGGAAUAUGAUCAAAAUAAUCGUGAAUUGCAGAAACUAACACAACAUUUACAAAAUACACAAUUACAAAUAAGUUCAGUUCGCUCUAUGGUUACGCAAUUGAUGGAAGUUCAACGUCAAAUGACUGAUGCUUUGUUGAUGUGUCGCGCCGCCAUCUCCAAUCAAGACGCUGAACUUGUAUCCGAAUAUCAAUUAAAAAUUGAACCAGAUUUGAGUGAAGCACGUAAAACGCUUGAAAAGAAAAUUGAAGAACCUAAAGCGGAUGAUCCAUUUGAAGAUGCAACGGCAACGAAAAAUACAAACGGAUUCGUCAAUAAUAGUUUUAAUAAUGAUCCGUUUGCGGCUAAUAGUGGAAAUCCAUCUGCUGGUCGUGGUGGAUUUGAUGAGAGCUUUACGAGUGGUGGCGGGUUCGGUGAUAGUGGAUUCGAUGCAUUUGGUAGUAAUAGUGGUUUCAAUCAAGAAGCAAAGGAUCCAUUUGGUGGUGAUGCAUUUGGAAGUGCAAAUAAACCCAGUAACGCAGUAACACCCGAUCCGGGUAAAGAUGACUUUGGCAGUGAUCCCUUUGCCGCUUUACAUGCACCAACUGGACAAGGGCAGGUGCUAAGCCCAAAUGCACAAAAAUCUGGACCACCGCCAAGGCCUGAAUCGCCAAGCCCAGCAUUACCACCAAAGAAAUCAAAGGUUCCACCACCACGUCCGGCACCACCACGUCCAAUGCAGGGACCUGCUAGGCCAGCUCAACCAGCUGCGGACGCAUUUGGUUCCAAUGCAUCUAGCGGAGGUGGUGGCUUUGCUGAUUUUGCAGAUUUCGACAAUAAGGUCUCGUGCUUUCCACCGGCCAUAGUAGCAUUACCUCCACAAUUAACAACUCCACUCGCGUCACAUCACACAGCAAGCAGUCACAUCAGUAGUUCUUCAUUUGACAUCAACACAAUAACCACAAAUAGUGUCACAUCUGUCACAACUACAUUCGUAGCGACAUCUGCAUCAGUUCAGAGUUUUCCAAAGCCAGUAUAUACAUUAACGGCAAUUGCAAACAAUUCCAACUACUCAUCUACUGCGUCCACUUCGUCUGUAACCGAUCAUUUAACGCGUUCAAUCACACCACUGCAACAGGCGUCCGUUUUAACAUCAUCGCUAUUUGUCAGUAAACCAAUUGAUGCAGCAGCAGCAGCAACAGCAGAUACGCUUGGGAAGAGUGCACGCGAAAGUCGUGCAUCCAUUAUAAGCGGACCAACAGACUUUUCAGAUGAUCCAUUCAAGGACUAUCGUUAUGAAGAUCCAUUUAGUAUUAAAGAUCCAUUUGCCGAUGAUGAAGAAGUGGAUAUCGAUCCAGAGAAGGUCUUCAAGGACGAUUUCUCGGAUGAUGAUAAAACCAAAACUGCAACUAACAAUUUUAAGAUUCACAACGUUAACACACAAACAAACGGCGGUGGACAGAAAGCGGCAAUAUCUGUUAGCUCCGAGUUUCUUGAUCAAUUUGAUGCGUUCAAUUUAAAUCCAAGUCCCGUACCUUCAACACAAUCGUCAACAUCUGGCGGUUUAAUCGGUACUGGUUUUGGUAGUAGCGGUGGCGGUGGCCAGAGUAGUAUUAGCAGCUCAAGUAAAAAAUCAGAUAGUAUUACACCAAUACCCUCUAGUACAGUAGAUGCGGUUCUUGAUGGUGAUGCUAAUAAUUUAUUUGAUGAAUUUGCCAAUUUUGAUGCAUUUGCUAGCUCGAAACCAAAACCGGUUACUGGUGCACGAUCUUCUUUGGGUGAAUUGGAGGCUGCCUUUAAAAGCAACAGUUCUCAAGAACCAACAAGAAAGGCAAAUGAUUCGUUCUUCGAUGCUUUCAAUGAUAAUUUCGAUAACAAUUCUAAUCGUGAAGUGUUGACCACUUCGUCUGCUAUGAAGGCGAAUUCAAAACUUUUCGAUCCAUUUGGUGACAGUAAGACAAAUUUAGAUGCAUUUGACGCUUUUGGUACAUCGAAAAGUGACAAUGAAAAUAUGAAAUUAACAAAAUCAUCUAAAGUGUUUGAUGCCUUUAAUGAUAAUACGUUUGAGGAUGAUUUCUUUAAAGCAAAAGACAACAAUGCAAAUACGAACUUUAAUAAAAAUGGGGACAGAACAAGAGCAAUAACAUCACUUAACGAUUCUAUUAACGAUGAUAAUUUCGCAAAAUUCGAUGCAUUCGUUGAUAGUCAUAAUUUUACCAACGAUUUUGAUACUGUUUUAAACAAUUCCAUUAGUUUAACAAAUAACCAAGAAAAAACAAUUCCAACACCAUCUAAAGAUACCCCGGGCGCAACUGGUUUGACGAAAGUACAAAAUGUCACAACACUAGCUAAGGUUUCAAAUCCAGAUGUGGCUUUCGCUGCAAGUGGCGUCGACGGCGGCGAACACAAUGAAAAAGUCGCAGAAAGAUUUGCAGCCGACUACUCAAAGGCGGAUACAUUCGAGUUGGAUUUGCAAGAGGCAAUCAAGCGCAGCAUGAUGGAAAAUUAAGAUGGUUCGAAGAAAAUUACAUUUAAUGUACUGUAGUGUUUGCUUAAUCCGUUGUUAUAAAUAUUAUGUAAAAAUAGUAAUAUUAUUACGCCAUAAUAAUAAUGGAAAUUAGACAUAACUAGAAAUACGAACAUAGUUCGUUCAACGUUUCACACGAAGGUGAUAAAUCUCUCAUUCUUAUAUGAUAUCAUUAACGUUUUUUGCUCAGUUUGUGUACUCAAUUUUAUGUACAAUUUAAAAACUAAUUUACUCAUUAAUGCAUACUUAUAUUAAAAAAUAAAAACUUAUUUGCAUAGAA